AUGGCUCAGGACCUCCCCACCAGCAAUGAUCAUCUGGUCCAAUCCACAGACCCCGAACAUCCGGCCAAUCUGAUCCCCGAGCUCUGCCGCAAAUUCUAUAGCUGGGGAUGGGUGACUGGUACCGGUGGUGGUACGUCGAUCCGUCGCGGCGACCACAUCUUCAUUGCACCCUCGGGGGUGCAGAAAGAAUUGAUGCAGCCCCACAACAUCUUCGUCCUCGAGUAUCCCACCCCCAAGUACCCUCCCGAGGAUCGCAAAUAUAUCCGCAAACCACUGGCCCUAAAACCUUCGGCAUGCACCCCGCUAUUCCUGGCGGCCUUCGAGCGGGGGGCUGGCUGCUGUAUCCACACCCACUCCCAAUGGGCAGUUCUGGUGACACUGUUGGUGGAGCGCGAGAAGGGUCCCGGAGGGUACUUUGAGAUCAGCAACAUUGAACAGAUUAAGGGGAUCCCCCGUGGUAAAGGCAAGGGAAUGAUGGGCUUCCACGACACCCUGCGCAUUCCCAUUAUUGAGAAUACGGCGUUUGAGGAGGAUCUGACCGGUUCGUUGGAGAAAGCCAUGGAGGCAAACCCUGACACCUACGCAGUGCUUGUGAAAAGACAUGGAAUCUAUGUCUGGGGCGACGACGCUGCCAAAGCCAAGACACAGUGUGAAAGCCUGGAUUAUCUCUUCCAGUUAGCGGUGGAGAUGCACAAGCUGGGAAUCCCAUGGGUCAAGCAAUAG